AUGCACGGCUAUCCAAGACGAAUCCUUCGAGGAGGGCGACGCCGUCUGCCUGAAGUCGAUACCACACCCGAAAAGACAUUACCCGACCUUGUCCCAUCGCUCCCAGCGAUCUCACAGACAUCAUGUCCCCUGUUUACCGUCUUCCCCGCAGAGAUCCGGAACCGCAUUUAUGCGUUAUCUCUCGAAUCCGAAGACACCUCCUCAAAUGACGAUCCCGAUUCUCUCUACCGCCGAAAUACCUUCUACUAUCGACCCGGAUACAAGCAGCCCAAACGUAUCCAAACCGCACUCCUCCAAACCUGUCAGCAGAUCUACAAUGAGGCAUCUCUUCUCCCCACUGCUGUCAAUGAACAUACAUUCUGGUUCUAUCGCGCUCCGCCACAUGUCAAACAUGCAUCGUCCCCAGUGCAAUACUUUCGCAAUAUGACCCCAAAACAACGCGCGCAGGUGCACGAUCUGCAUUUUUUUACUCAGCAAUAUUUCCUGGAAGAUAACCCCUGGUCGCGUGUUUGGGUCGGAAUGAAAAUGGGCGAAGAUGGACGGAAUAUGCGCGGAGAGUGCAGACUUGCGCCAAAGAAGAUCACUUUCACAUUCCGGCAUACGGAUUGGUGGUUCUGGGAGAAUAAUGAUCCCCUGGGUAUGGACCCAUUUCGAUGCGGACGAACACGCGCACACGAGAUGGAUAGACCUGCCGGCCCUUACCAAGAAAGGGCAUGGGGGAAUCAAUUCGCUUCUGUCCCCAGCCUUGAGGAAGUGGUUAUUGAGUUUGAGACCAUUAUGCGGAAGCGGGAGCAGCUGGAUGGCAUCAUAGAACGGGCCUUGAAUUGGAAAUUUCCAAUGCAGGUCGAUAAUUCUGUGUACCUGGUUGCUGAUCCGAGCUCCCGGAGUACAUACAGCUGGAUCGGGGCAAAGGAGGUGGACUUGAAGAAAGGAGCAACUCCUGCCCCAAGAAUAAUCGGACAGGACGGUCAGCCAGACUCGGAUACUGUUCCUGAACCGGAACCCGUGCUUGCAGUUCCAACUUUGAAACCAUUUGAUCCCCAGUCUGCCUUAAGAACCGGUGAUAGCAAUACUCCAGGUGGUCAUCUUCGGUAUGAUCCGCAGACGGAGGAGGAAUUUUAUGUGGUUUUCUUGACUUGGAGAAAGCAGCGGGUUGACUAG